AAAAUUAUAGACUGAUCAUUUCUUUGUCAGUGGGCAAACGUUCAAAAUCAGCAGGGGAUCAAAUACUUUUUUCCAUCACUAUAUGUGUUAAUAAUAGUCCAGUAUCAACAAAGACAUCUACUCUGACCUUAACUUUGAAAUUCACCUUCAAUUCACUUUGAAUUUUUCACUUUAGUGAAUAAUCCUGUAAAUUAUCAAAUAAAAUACAUUAAAGUACAACAUGCUAUAAGAGCACACUCAGAAGAACUAAAAUGAGAAAGGGAUAACAUGACAGUGGGCUUGAUUCUGUAAAGAAUGCUUUACACCCACAAUUAAAAAUCUUAUUGGGGGGCAUUCAAUAACCCAAUUCAUCUCAUUAUUUUUACGUGAAAAUUGCUUAAACACCCUCUAAAAGCUCAGCACAUGGAUAACACAUUAUGAAUAUACUGGUCAUUCCCACAUUUUAUUACAAUACACACAGAUAUAUUGAUGAUCUUCUACUAAUGGUGAAGGAAAGGAGUCUCUCUCUCUCCCUCAUCUGAUGCAAACAACAUAAUAGAUCAUAAUAUUAUGAGGGUCUCCUAGUGACACGAAUGGCCAAAGGAGUUGUCACAACCCAUGCAAAGUAAGCAAAUAGCAGUUCCUACCACUCCUAUUAAGGAGGGAGACUCCUCGAAUACUAUCUAUCAUUCACAGUGUAGAAAGGAAACCUGUACUAUUUCUUGGUCAGGGAUGUAUACAAAUUAAAAAGCUUUAAAGUUUAAGAUUAGACUAUUCAAUAGUCUGCCAUUUUGGCUAGAAUGUAAUGUAGAUGUUAUAUUACAUGUUAUUUUUAAUAAGGCUUAGCAGCCUUCCCUGUGGGAUAACAACCACACAGGAAGUCUAACACAUUUGUCCCUCACUGUUGCCACUGUAUUUCCACAAUCAUAUCAGUCUGGUCACUGCCACUGGAAAUUCUAAGCCCUGAUAUCAGCAUUCAUAAACCUGGUGUGUUCAGUUGUCCUUCAGGAAAGAAAAACCAAGGACCCAUAAGCUUGUCCAGAAUACAUUUAAAUGUAAAUGACUUAGUAUAUACAAUACAUAUUAUUACAGAUUGCUGGGACUGUCUCAUUAUUUUCCAGGACUCUAUUACUCACCAAUGAAUUUCUUUUUCUAAAUAAGUAAACAGUGUAUGUAUGCUAGCAAUAAAUCCAUGGUACGGAGCAAUACAGCAUAUUCUAUUUUGGGUUCUGUACACAGUCUGCCAGAAAUGUUUUGACAAAUAAGGAUCUUGCUGGCUGAUUAUUACGGUCUAUUAUAAAUGAAUAAGGCAUGCCAAUGAAUGACAUACGUGUUAGCCUUCUAAUGAUAACCGUAAGACAAACAAAUAAACUGUCAUACACAAUUCUUAUUAUGCCGACAUUAUGCAAAAUAACAUUCACAUUAACUCUCUAGUACGAGUUAUACUAUAACAAGUUUAAAAGCACUGCAGUGCACUAUACACAUAUACAGGGUGGACCACACUUCAAGUCAAUACUUUUUUAACAAACUUAUUUCAGCGAUAUUUCAUACACAGAAUGCAUCAUGUAUGGAGAUUUGUUUGACUAGGUGCAGUAUGUUCAUAACAUUAGUUAAUGCUUAAGGACCUAAGGCUUUAAUUUGUGCACAGAUAUUCUCUAUGAGCUGCUCAAGUUUACGUGGUUUGUUUACAUACACACGCUCCUUCAGAUAUUCCCACAGGAAGUAAUCAGGAGGUGAAAGGUCGGUGAACGUUGGGGCUUAUAUUGAAGAGGCAGCAAGCUCUUAGCUUCAAAAUAAUGGAUCUGCCAUUUUGAAAAUCAAAUUCCAUUAUUUUUACCCGUUUCUUCAUGAAAUUACCCAUGAUGAGUUUCCCAAGACUCAGUUAAAAUAUGAACCUGCAAUAAACAUUUUUUAACUACUAACAGAUUUACCUGUCAAAUUCUACUCAGAAUUUUGGCCCACACUGUAUGUCACAGUUCCUGUAGCGUUUAGACGUAAAAAAAUAAAUAAAUAAAGACCUUAAUGAAUCAAAACAUCUGUACAAAUUAAGAAAUUGUGCUGCAACAACAUUUUAUUUCUUCCUAGAAGUUUUAUUACCAGUUGUUGCAGAACUACAUAUGGAUGCUUUGCCAUUCUUGUUCUACAACAGCUACAGAUAUAACCUCUGUUCAAUCCUGGUUUACAGUGUUUUUGUUCAAACAGGCCAAAAGUUUACAUUUUAAAAAAAGUCUAGUUCAUCUGAACUAAAUAAUGAACAACAUUCUUUAAUAUUAAGUACUUACAGUCCUUUCUUUGCUUUGCUGUUUGUUCAGUGCUUUACUUUGUUAGGUUCCAUAAUAUUGGCUCAACUUUCAAUGUUGCAAGUUAUCAGAUUCCAAAGCAACACAAUAUGCAUGGAUUCUGGACAUUCACAAAGCCAUCUGUUUAUCUCUGAGCCACAAUCACUAAGUGGAUUCUAUAGUCACCAAAACAACUUUAGCUUAAUUAAGCAGCUUUGGUGUAUAGACCAUGCCACUGCAGUCUCACUGCUCAAUUCUCUGUCAUUUAGGCAUUAAAUUGCUUUGUUUAUGCAAACCUAGGCACACUUCCCUGCAUGUGACUUAACACUUCCUGUAAAGAGUCAUCUAAUGUUUACACUUCUUGUAUUGUAAAUUCUGUUUAAUUUAGAAUGUCUUAUCUCCUUCUCUAUUAACAGCUUGAUAGACCCUACAGGAGCCUCAUGUAUGUAAUUAAAGUUCAAUCUACGGAGCAGGAGAUAAAAAAACUUUUAAAGUAAGUUAACAUCUAAUUGAAAGUUACACCAUUUUAUUUUCAUGCAGACUGUGUCAGUCAGAGCCAGGAGAGCUGUGACAAAGGUUGUAUAAACAGAAACAAAAGUGAUUUAACUCCUAAAUGGCAGUGAACUGAGCAGUGAAACUUCAGAGAUAUGAUCUAUACACCAAAACUGCUUCAUUAAGUUAACGUUGUUUUAAUGACUAUAGUGCUCCUUUAAUACUUGUGGAACAUAAUGAGGUUUAUUCACAAAAUAGUGGAUUGUAUGAACUGAAAAACUGAAAACUGACUUGCAAAACUUAUAACUUGCAAAAAAUACCCCCUGCAAUAGACACCCCUAGAUUUCAAAGAGCAAACUGCCAAUAAAAUUGGUCUGGAAUUUGGAAUUUGUCACUGGCUGCAGGUUAAAAAUAAAUAUAAUUAAAUAAAACGAUAUGUUGUGCAGGCCCCCUAUUAGCCAUUAUAAUGCCCACUGCCUAUUCUCUCACACCACCUAGCAAGUUAGUGGCUCACUUAUUAAUCCUCACAAAGGGAAUGUAGAGGACAUUCUGUAGCCGGUCUCCCCUGCUCCUGAGUAGUGUGUCCAAAGGACCCAUUUCAUUUUAUUGUGUUAUUUCAUAUUAGUUUUAACGUGCUGGAUUCCUUUUUUUUUUUUUUUUUCUAACUAUUAUUCAGAACAAAUGUAGGAUUUGUUCAGAACUUCAUUCUGCAGAAAUUACUAAACUAGCCAUACCCAUGUUGAGGCUUUCACAGAUGGCAGCCAAUUUGUUCCAUUUUAGAGGGUUCCAAACUGAGGCUAGUUUGCGGCAAUUUGGAGGAUAAAUGUAUUAAUUAUCCUUAGAGUUGCACAAAAUCAUCCUCAGUUUGUGAAUUUGUUCCUUGCAGAUGUAUCCUACAAACCAAAUGCAUCAUAAAGUUACAAUUUAUUGAUGUCUUUGUGAGCAUAUUACUUUCAUUUACUUUGGAUUACUUUGAGUUGCUCACACUUGCAAAGUACUUUGCACAUUAUCAUUAAGAAAAGACAUUCUGCUCCUUAAAUUAUAAAAGAGAUCUGUAUAAUUCUUUCAAAGAGUUAGAUCAGUGACUAGUGUAAUUCAAUUCUUAAAUGUUGAAUGCAGUUAUUAAUUAGAACAAGAUUGGGGAUUGCAUUCAUUUAAGAUUAUAAUUGAUGGCUAGUCUUAAUUUAAGAAAGUAAUGAUCCGUUAUUUUAUCAUCCAUGAAAGGGUGUGGGAGGGGCUAUAAUGAGAACUCCAAAAUCCCUAGACAGAUACAGGGAUAUGCAUGGUGAAUACUUUUGCGCAACUUUGUAAAACUGGAGUAGUUACCAUGGACACCAAUGGGACUUAGCCCCAGAGUUAUUAUACAUAAACAUAACAUUCUGGAUCAUGUUUACUGUGGGCUAGACAAUCAUUAUAAGAGAAAAAGUUCACAGAAGCUGGGGAGCUAGGGAUUGUUAUCUCUGCUAAUCUUCACUAUAGUUUGAAUGAACAUAACUCACUUGAAGUUAUUUGAAGUGGUCAUAGUGAUAUGAGUGUGUACAGUGUUUCGGCUAGAAACACUGCACAUGCUGAGAUAUUGGCAAGUGUGUGCCGGGGCUAGUUGCACUCCCGGACAUAUGGCUUUGACAGCCCAGAACUCCAUUCCCAAACUCCAUUCACAGAACUACCAAAUGUCAAUUCUGUGCAUAUAAUACAUCCAUCAGUGCUCAUCGCAUGCUGACAUCGGACUUAUUGAGCUUCCCCUUGCCCCUUGCAGAAGCCUGGAUGUCUCCUCCCUUUCUGUGUGCAGUCCUCCCAGUAUACCCAUUAUUUAAAAAAAAAAAAUGUCAGCCCUUCCUCCCCUUGCUGGCUCAGAGUGUGAUCUGGUUAAUUGGUCCAAUCAAAGGCUUAUAUAGAGAACCCUUUGAUUGGACCUUGCUUGGCUUGUGUGAUGUCAUAAGGGGGCAUGGAAAGCUGGGCUGGGUCCUUUGCCCAAUAUUGGAUUCCACAUAGGUAAAACAAAUUUUAAAACUAAUUUCUAAAGAUUGGGAGGGUGAGGGACCUAAAGAAUAAUGACCAAUAGGACCAAACAUCUGGAAUAAAAGGGAAUCAUGACAUGUCACACAUGUCAUGUGUCCUUAAGGGGUUAAAGGGACAUUGUUAGAAGCAUAAGCACUUGAACAAGUUUAAGUGAUUCUGAUGCCUGGAGUUCAUGGGUGCUGGGUCACGCAUCAAUGCUAAACUGUUUACUCACUAUUUAGCAGAGACCCUCUGCCUGUAUCCAAUUACUAUAUGGUGAAGACAGAGUUAUACUCCAUCCCAGGGACUGGGGCAAUGGUAGCCUGAAAACAUUAAGCUGCUGCUCUCAGCCUAUCACUGUCUGUUAUCAGUUACCCAUUACUGGUAGACAUGGUGCAGGAAAUAAACACUAUGGGACAGAGGUGGGGGGAAGGGGAAUAACACUAUGGGACAGGGGAGGGCGGGGUCUGUCUACAGUAAAUAUAAGAAAAUAAAAACACACUACAUGACACGAUGAAUUAUACGGCUGGAUUUUUUUUUUUCAGGGCUGCUUUCUGUUCCUAGUUCGGCUCUGCUGCCACUGCUCGUUUGCACGCAUACACACCCUUACACAGCGCCACUGGACCGCAUGGUAGUUAGUGCGCUGUGCACACACGUGAUACGUGCCCUACGCGCAUACUGACGUCGACAUGCAGUGUGUGCCAGGUCACAGGUUACUUGGUGUAGGACUCGCCACCAUUAAAGUUCGCUAGCAACCCUUAAAAAUGGCAGGAGCCAAAAAAAACAAUAACCUACCAUUUUCAUUCAGAGUAGGAGGAGGAUUAUUUUUUUGUUUACUCAAAUUCAAAGUCCAUUUGUCUCAUUUGCAAUCUCAGUGUGGUCAUACCAAAAAAGGGCAAUCUGGAGCGGCAUUUCAGAACAGUACACAAAACUAUGAGACAGAUCUCCCUGCUAAAACUGCUCUAUGCAUUCAUAAAGUUCGGGAAUAGAAGAGUCAGCUUGCAGCACGGCAAUCCAUUUUUAUGAGGCCCAACACCAAGGGUAAGGUGGCAACCAUCGCAUCAUAUCGAGACAGUCAUGUUCUUGCUAAACAUAAAAAGUCUUUCAAGGACAGCGAAGUUGUGAAAGAAGCGCUUGUUGAGGCUGCAGAUGCACUCUUUGGUGAUUUUAAGAACAAAACAGAGAUUGUGUCCACUAUUUGAGACAUGCAAUUAUCCUGGAAUUCUGUUACACUGUGACAGUUAUGUGUUUUCAUCAGAAUGAAUGAGUGCAAAGAAGAUCUGCUCAGUUUUGCCAUUGAAAGGAUACACAAGAGGCGAAGAUGUUUUCAACACUUUAAUGGAGUUUGUUAAUAAGAGCCAACUGGCUCUUUUCAAGCUCAUCUCCAUCACAACUGAUGGUGCUCCAGCAAUGGUAGACCACACUAGUGGGCUCAUUGCAUUGUGCAAACAAAGUGAAUCUUUCCUGGACAUCCUUAAUUAUCAUUGUAUUAUUCAUCAGUAAGCAUUGUGUGAGAAGAUUUUAAAUAUGAACGAAGUAAUGGAUGUUGCUGUUCGGACCAGGGGUCUACAGAAAAGGUUAUUCAGGGCUCAUUUGGAGGAGACAGGUGCAGAACACAUAGACCUGCUGCUUCACACAGAUGGAAGAUGGCUAAGCAGAGGUACAUUUUUAGGGUAGGUUCAGUGAGUUGUUGCCUGAAAUCAAAGAUUUUCUGAAUCUUUCAAAACAAGCAGAAUAUGCACAUCUUGAGGACUGUCAAUGGCUUUUGGACUUAGCGUUCCUGACAGAUCUCACUGACAUGCUCAAUGAUUUGAAUUUAGAGCUCCAGGGUCAAGAUAAACAUGAUUAGUUCAGUGAAUACAUUUAAAAAAGCAAGCUGCAACUGCUUUCAAGUAUGCCGCAACGCUGUGACCUGUGAAACUUUUCUCACAUGCAGGCAGAACUGCAGCGUCAUUGCAAAGAUUCUGCACAGCUUGACAGUGCACGUUAUGAGGAGAAAGUUCAGAGCAUCUUGUCAGAAUUUGAGAAGCAUUUUACUGACUUUACAUCCAUUAAGCCUGUUGGUCGCUAUCUGUGUUUUCCGUUAGGGGAGGGCAUCGAUGUGGAUUACAUGGCUUCCAAAGUAGCAGCACUGUUUGAACUGGAUAGCUCUGCUGUUGAGAGUGAGAUUCUCACACGCAAAAUGACAAUGAGAUCAAAUCCAGCGCAACACCCGGCAAGAAAGGAGCCUUCUGGAACCUGCUGCUGGAACAAAAAUAUCCCAACCUCAGAAGAUGUGCCUUGAACUUGACUGCACUUUUUGGAUCAAGUCGAAGUACAGAUCCACAAUGACAGACAUUCACCUUGUUGCCUGCCUAAGGCUUGCAACCAG